CUUUGCAAUAGGAGCCUUACGACCAAAGACACCGCCUACAACAUUUCCCUUCGGUCUUAGCGGCUUGUUUUCAAGAUGGCUGCGCCCAGCGACAAAAGUCCUUCUUCCAUGGUAGCUUCGGCAUCGCCUUUUGCAGGUUUUCCGUUUGCGAUCCCGGGCGCUGCUACCGGGGAACCGGCAGGUAAACAGUCUGAAAAAACCGGCGAGCAGAAAAAGAAGCCGUGCCGGGCGUGCAUGGAUUUCAAAUCCUGGAUCAAACAGCAGAGGAAGCAGACACCCACACAGGAGAGCCGGCUCGACGAGGAGAAGAAGGAGAGGCCCGUGGAAUGCCCGUUAGACCGGGAAGAACUGGGCAGGAGCACCUGGUCUUUCCUGCACACGAUGGCAGCCUAUUACCCCGACACACCCACUGGCGCGCAGCAGCAGGACAUGAAGCAGUUUGUAAACUUGUUUUCAAAGUUCUUUCCUUGCGACGAGUGUGCUGAAGACUUGCGAGCAAGGUUAAAAUCAAAUCAACCAGACACCACCAGCCGAAACAGUUUUUCCCAGUGGAUGUGCCGUCUUCAUAAUGAUGUCAACGUGCGCAUCGGCAAACCAGAGUUCGACUGUGCCAAGGUGGAUGAGCGGUGGAGGGACGGCUGGAAGGACGGGUCUUGUGAUUAACAAGAAAGGGAAUUGGCAGCACUGAACCCCAGACCUUUAUUUAAGACACAGAAUGACAAAGGUGUACGUUUUUACAAUGUAAAUCUUAGACGUAUUUGCUUGAUCAAUGCGUUUCCUGGAGGUUUGUGAUGUGUUUUAGUGUCAUAGUAAUAUCUGGAAUUGUUGUCACGUGUGAAAUGUGGGCUAGUGUAACUGUCAGGUGUUGAACUGGAUCCCAAGCAGUGUCCCCACCCCAUCACCCACGUGAUUCGGAUCAUUCCGAAUUCGAGUUAUUUGAUCGUUUCCAUAUGUCUAGACAGUAAUUACUUAAUGAUGCUCAUCUCUCUUAGAAGCUUUGGAUCAAGAUCAUAAUUUUUUUCAAACCUUUCUGAGUGGGUCUUUAAAACAAGACUGAAGGAAUAUGCUUGAAUAACUCCAAUUUUUUUCUGUUGUAAAAUGUAACAAUUUCUAUAUAUAUAGGCAUAUGGAAGUUAUAUAAAAUGUGUGUGUGUGUGUGUUUAAUUACUUUUUGAUUGCAAUGUAAUGUGCUUCAUACGUUUAAGAAAAGAAAACACAAGUUUACUGUUGGGACUAUGUUUUCAAGCAAUGCUGUUCAAAGGUGUGCAAUGUGGACCUGUACUGCGGGCAGCGGUUAUAUAUGAAGAUACAUUAUUAUUAUUUGUUUAUUUAGCAGAUGCCUUUAUCCGAGGCGAUUUACAGAGACUAGGGUGUGUGAACUAUGUAUCAGCUGCAGAGUCACUUACAAUUACGUCUCACCCGAGGGAAGGAGCACAAGGAGGUUAAGUGACUUGCUCAGGGUCACACAAUGAGUCAGUGUCUGAGGUGGGAUUUGACCCGGGGACCUCCUGGUUACAAGCCCUUUUCUUUAACCACGGGACCACGCAGCCUCCAGAUACAUGUCUAGUGCGAUGAAGACCAGGCACUAGCAGUGAGUCCCGUGGGGUUUCUCUUGGUAAGAAUUAGAAGAGUAUCAGGGCCCCGGUAAAUGAAAAGCCCCAUUGUUUACAGGAAGGACUUUAUUUUGGCUGCAGUUGCAAUAAGAAAUUCAGUAGACAGCUUUAAGAUUGAAUCUGUUCCCAUGACCAGCAGAGGGUGCAGUGGGGUUACUUUUCACAGCUUGUGUCGAGUAUUUGGGUUACGAGCGGAAUGGCUCUCUCAGGCCAGGCAGCUGGCAAAAAGAUUGGUGAUACAGGCUUGGCCAAUAAGGCUAGCUGAGAGCUGGUAAAAUGAUCAGAUGAGCAGUGUUCAACAUGGACCCGCUGCAGCUUCGGUCGUAGUGUUUGUAAGACUUGCUAAGCAAGGUGAUCAGGUUUUUCCAGCGCUUCAGUUAACCCAGGAUGACUUGCAGAGUUUGGCUUCUUCCUGGUUGCAGUGGUGAUGAUUACAUGUGAAUUGUCACCUGAGGAACUGAGACUGAGUGAUUAUUCAUGAUUUUAAAUGGACUGUACAAUAAAUAUGAUGCUGAACAACGUCA